AUGAUGAUACGAUUACGUGUUUUCAAUUUUGCGACAGCAAAUGAGGCAUUUGAGAGGGUAGCAAGUUUUGGGCUAUUGACAAAUGUGAUAUCGUAUUUGCCAAGAGAAUAUGCCAUGGAUGCUGCUCAAGGUGCUCAAGUACUGUUUUUUUUGUCAUCUGCCACAAAUUUCUCGCCAAUUCUUGGGGCUUUCCUUGCUGAUUCUUAUGUGGGUCGUAAGCACUCUAUGAGAAGGAGUUGGAGUUGGUUUGCUUACCGAAGAAUCGUUAGGGUUGAUCAUCGAGUGGUGGCCGAGAUCAAGAAUGUGGUUGCAUGGCUUAAGGAAGGUGUCUGUGCAAAAUCUAAAACUAUUGUCGGUGGUCGUAGGUGUGUGCUUGUCGAUGAGGGAAAGAAAUGCUAUGUGUUUUGUGCUUGGAUAUGGUUGCAUGACUAUAGUAGGGAGUCGUAG